UGCCGCAGUGAGCGUGGGUGACUUCAUUCGCUGCUGAAUCACCGGCUCCGCUUUCAGCUGCGUCACGAAAAGUUCACUCGGCUUUCUUUUUUUUUUUGUGUGUGUGUGUGCUCUGCAUCAGUUGCCAUUCGCGCACACACGCGUCGUUUGUGUUGGAACACCAAGAAAGCCUUUAUUUUAUCAUUUUAGUUUCCUCCCCAUUUUUUUCACCAUGACUGCGGAGAUACAGCGAAAUGGCACACACGCGGUGCCCAUCAAGAACAUCGAGCGGGAGCUGAUCUGCCCGAUUUGCAAGGAGCUUUUCACGCACCCGCUCAUCCUGCCCUGCCAGCACAGUGUGUGUCACAAAUGCGUCCGGGAGCUCCUCAUGCUCAACUAUGACGACUCCUUGGACGGCGGCUCCGAAUCCUCGUUGCCGGGAAGUCCCAGGUCCCGCGUGCCCUCGCCGUCCAUGGAGAAGCUGGACAAGCUGGUGCGAUCAGGCUCAAUCUCGUCCCCGGGUUGGCGCAGAGGGUCCGUGACACCCCGGGUAACCACCAUCGCGUGUCCGGGCUGCCAGCACGACAUCGACCUGGGCGAGCGCGGCAUCAGCAUGCUCUUCCGCAACUUCACCCUGGAGAGCAUCGUGGAGCGCUACCGGCAGGCCGCCCGCGCCGCCGUCGCCAUCAUGUGCAACAUCUGCAAGCCGCCGCAGCAGCAAGAAGCCACCAAGAGCUGCAUGGACUGCAAGGCCAGCUACUGUAACGAGUGCUUCAAGAUGCACCACCCCUGGGGCACGCCCAAGGCCCAGCACGAGUACGUGGGGCCCACCACCAACUUCAGGCCCAAGGUGCUGAUGUGUCCCGAGCACGAGAUGGAGAAGGUGAACAUGUACUGCGAGGUGUGCCGGCGGCCUGUGUGCCACCUGUGCAAGUUGGGAGGCACCCACGCCAACCAUAAGGUCACGUCCAUGAGCAACGCCUACAAGAUUCUCAAGGAGAAGCUGGCCAAGAGUAUCCAUUACCUCAUCAGCAAAGAGGACCAAGUCAGGACUCAGAUUACUGGACUGGAGCAGCUCAUCAGUGAGACAGAGGAAAAUGGGCAGCUGGCAGAGCGUCAGGCCAACGAGCACUUUGAGCGCCUGUUCGAGACGCUGCAGGAGAGAAAGUCCGAGAUGCUUAAAUCCAUUGAGCAGUCUCGAAACAGACGCAUGGGACAGCUCAAAUCCCAGAUGGAGGAGUACCAGGGCAUGCUGGAGAACAGUGGCCUCGUGGGCUACGCUCAGGAGGUACUCAAAGAAACUGACCAGUCCUGCUUUGUACAGACUGCCAAGCAGCUACACGUCAGAAUCCAGAAGGCCACCGAAUCGCUAAGGACUUUCCACCCAUCAGCUGACCCCUCCUUCGACGAGUUUGUGCUGGACACGUGCAGGGAGGAGACCCUCCUCAAAGAGAUGUGCUUUGUCGGAGUUCCGGACCCCCCAAUGAUCGACCUGUCCAAGAGCAGAGUCUACAACGAGGCCGCCAUCUUCUGGAAGCUGUCCGAUGACCACCAACCCACAGACCAGCACCUGCUAGAGUACCGCAGAUUGAGCGGCCCGAGCAGGCCCCCGUCCCGAGAGGAUGUUGAGGAUGGCGCCUGGCAGGCGGUUGAGCGCGUGCACGGUACCAGCAACUCCGUGUGCGACCUGGACGCCGACAGCGUGUAUGCGUUCAGGGUGCGCACCUGCAGGAACUCAAUGUUCAGCCCUUACAGCCCCGAGGUCACGUUCCACACACCACCUGCACCCACAUUCGACUUCCUGUUCAGCGACAAGUGCGGCUUCAGCACGGAGCGCCUGGUGCUCAGCAAGCGGCGGGACGCGGUGGAGAGCGUGGCCGGCGUGGCCUUCCUGCUCGCCGCGGAGCGCGUGCAGACGGGCAGCUACGUCUGCCUGGACUACAUCAUAGGCGACACGGGCAUCUCUCAGGGAAGACACUACUGGGCCUUCAAGGUGGAGCCCCACUCCUACAUGGUCAAAGUGGGCGUGGUCUCGGACACAAAACUGCAGGAAUGGUUUCACAGCCCGAGAGACACCAGCAGCCCCAGGUACGACCACGACAGCGGUCACGACAGCGGCAGCGAAGACGCGUGCUACGACCUCUCGCCGCCCUUCACCCUCCUCACCGCGGGGAUGGGCAAGCUCUUCAUCCCCAAGGCGUCGCCCUCGUCUUCAGCCGCCGCGUCCUCGGGCGACCGCGUGCUGCCCAUGCCCCAGCGCCUGGGCGUGUGCCUGGAUUACGACAGCGGCCGCGUGUACUUCUACGACGCGGACAAUAUGCGCUGCGUCUACGAGAGGCAAGUGGACUGCUCGGGGACGAUGUACCCGGCGUUCGGCCUCUUGGGCGGCGGCAAAGUCCAGCUGGAGGAGUUUGUCAACGCCAAGAGGCUUGCCUUCUGAGUGCAACUGGGCCACGUUCGGCGCUCUUUUUGGACCUUUUGGCAAAUUUGGCACACGUGUAGGGAAGUUUUUUUUCAUUUUUUUUUUUUUUUUAAAGUCCUUCCGGCCUUUCGAGGUUGCUUCGAUCAGGGUCUUUGGUCCAAAUUGGGGAAGCUUGAGCCGGCAUGAUGUGAUGGACACUUUGGAAUGAGUUCCAGUGAAUAGUGUCGUUCAGGCCUGUUGACUCGCUUGAUUUUUAGGGACUUAGGUCCAAACUGUGAAAACCUUCUUGCAGCUCAAUGAUGCUCAACACUAGUGUGACGCGUUAGAAUGAAUUACGGCAAGCGCUACGGAUCCUCCAGGCUCGAGAAAACAAAAUUGGGAUUAUUUGGUCUAAAUUGUCAAACCGGCUCUAGGAUGUUAACGUAAUCACCUUUUGGGUGGGGUAUUUUUAAGGUUUUUCUUUUUUAAAGAUAGAUCCAGGCCUGAUGAUGCGGAUCUGAGCUGCUAAAUUGUGAUCUAUGAUAUAUUUAUUAUACAAUUAUGACGCACAGCAAGCAGGUGUAAGAAAUGUGAAUCGUCCAGUCCCGUCGAGGCAGAUUUAGAACUGUGAAAGCUUAGCUGGUGCGUUCUGACGAAAAUGAAUGGGCUUCAUCAACUAGAGAAUUUCUCCAGGACCGUUGAGGCGGGCGGGGUCUUCGGUCCAAACUAAGAUGCUAAAGUGGGUUCUUAACACAAAUGGGAUACUUUGGUGUGAGAUCCACUCAGCAUUUGUUCCCCUCCCUUCAGGCCCAUCGAAUCGGAUUAAAUCAACUGUAAAACCUCAAACGGUGAAACCGGAGCUGCUGCGUCGUGAUCACCACAAAACGUGACGUCGUCGACGUGUUUUCGGCCAGCGGGUUUAUUUUGACCGGCGUGUCCUCUGAGCCUGUUGAGGUGGGGGCUUUGAUCAGGGUCUCGGUGCGUAUCAUUUCUGCUCAAUAACCAACGUGACACAUCUUGUUACUCGUCGUUUUACCGAGGCUGUGAAAUAUCGUACUAAAGUCUCUGGUGUUUAAUUGUUGAAUGAAGCUGCUAACGUAGCCGGCGGCCAUUUUAAACCUUCUGUUUUUAACUAAUGUUUACAGCGGUUGCCAUUUGUCUGUGUUCUCGAUGGUUAAUUUAUGUACAGGUGGGGGGUGGGGGGAGGGUCUGCUCUCUGUGUGACUUAAUCAUGUGACUGGCUUCGUUGCUUAACAGCCAAAUUUAUUAUUAUUAUUUUUUUUUUGUUUUGUGUUUUAAGUGGACCUGACGCUGAUGGGAGGGAACCUUCGUAGCAGCUCUUUUAGUGCUAGCGCCAUCGUGCCUUUCAGUUCAUUUCAGUCUGCUUAGCAAUUCCGUGACGUGGUUGCACAAUUGUUUUGGAACACUAUUUGUGUCACGCGCACUCGUGUCUGUUCAAUGUUUGUCAAGGAAAUUUCUGAUACACGUAUAUAUCAAAAGAAAAAACACUACUUACACACAACUAGGGUGGACUUUAUUCUUUUCAUGCAUCACGACCUCACACGUUUCGUGUCCUCUUUGCAACUCGUGCGUCAGAAUGUGAACAAAACGCACGACCCCGCCUCGGUUUCUGCCUUCGUUCGCGAAGGAAAAUCUGGUGCAACCAAGCAGCCUUUGAAACACACACACACGUGGUUCACUUUCUUCACCGUCACAAUCACGGUUUACACUGCGGGGGAAAUUUGGUUUUGUGUAGCAACUUGGACGUCGUCAUGGGUUAGUUUUCAUUUUCAGGAGGGUCUUAUGGUACUACCGAUCUUUUGCCUAAUAAUACAACCUACCUCCUUGCUGUCAAGCCUGGAAUUUUUCAAUUUUUGCAGAGCCACCAUUUAAAAAAAAAAAAAAAAAAAAAAACUCACUUUCAAUGUGUUCGCCUUUAACAUGCCUUUUGGUCUUUUGAUGUCAGGUUAUAUGCUGUACAUAUAUAUGUAUAAACUGUACACUGGAAACGUCCACUUAUCACACUAGAGCAGGGUUGUUUUAAAUAUGUGCUGUACAUUUACUUCUGUAAAUUCAUCCUUUAUCUGAACAAUAUCGUAAUAUUAUGCCCCCUCCCUUUCUUUUUUACUGCUCUCCACUUUACAUAUUCUCUGUUCAUCACGUGCAUAGAAUCAAGUGUUGCAUUUGAACGCAGUCUUACGUGGUUAAAUCUUAACUUUUUUUUUUUUUUUUUUAAAUUCACAGAGGUUCCAAACUUGAUAUUAAAAAAUAUAUACCUCUUUGCAUUUCAAGACUAACAAGGCAGCUUCCACUGGCGGAAUGUAAACCAAUAGUUGAAUGUCCUUGUCUCCCCCCCACCCCCCUUUUUUUUUUUUUUUUUAAAUUUUUAUUUUGUGUCAGAUCGAAAGCGGAAUUUGUAACCAAAAUUGCCGUCAACCUAAUACAAAGCUAGCACGCGGCGUGUCCGUGACAAUUGUAUGUAUCUGCCUAACUGAGUGCAAUAAUAUUUCAGUGGAAAAAAUGGCUAGCUUCACUUAGGCUGACACUCAUUUGCACUGUUUACUAGUCAAUGUUGGGAUUUUGAGUAUUAAUGUCAAAUACAAACUUAUUUUCCACACUUCUAAGGUUUGAUGGAGCUGGUGGGUACAUAUGUGAGUAGAAUUUAUUCUUUGCUGGACUCUUUUGUGUAUGUGUGAAGACUAUCAAAU